GAACUGAUUUACUCUCUAGAGAAGGGAAGGGCAUGAGAGACAGAGAGCUGAAGAGGGCUGUUAGUGGCUGGGGUCUCCAGGGCUGCUGCGAUUAGGACAGGGCUGAAUGAAGAGCACAAGAGAGAGGGGGAGACGAGGCAUAGAGUGAAAGUAAAAACGAAAGAGGAUAUCUGAAAAGAGUGUGGAAAGUACCAGAAGGGCAGCACACAAGCCUCAAAGGGGACAGAGAAAGAGAGAGAGAGAGAGAGAGAGAGUGCGUGCGUGCGCGCGCGUGUAAGGGGUGCUCGUGACCAGGACAUAACUUCGCAGUUAGUCACACGCACACGGAAAGCGGCUCUGAAUUUAUUGACAGUCAUUAAACUUUUACUCGCCAUAAAGUAGGACGUCAUCAAAAACAAAGCAUGAUGGGUAAAACUCAGCGGCUGGGCCGGUAGAAGCAUGUUACCGACAGUUUUCUUGCUUCUAUCGGUGUUCACUGUUCGAGGAAGCGCUUGCGAUGAGCUGAGGAGAGAAACAGUCAGCAAUCUGCAGGACUCCAUCAAGCAUGAAGAACAGUCCGGAUUUCCAAGUGUGUUUCCGAAAAACUACUACGUGCAGCAUCAUUUCAACGGCAGCACACAGUGUGAAGACUCGUGCUGUGUGUUCAGUGCAGCCUUCCUCCUGUCAGACUCCUGGAAGCAACUGCUGCAGCAUAUUGAACGGAUUCACAUGAAACAUGACUUAAUUGGUGAACUGAUCAUUACACUUGAUGCCAUUUGGACAGGGGGUUUCCAGGAAACACCAAAUCCCUCUGGCUUCCCAUCUGUCCACUCCUCCCCUAGAGCUCUACUCACCUUCACGUCUGAUGUCCUUUCUAAAUGGCUGACCCUGAACUGCCCUGUUGGAACGUCCAGCUGCAUAUUCCCCUCUCCAGCCCCUCUGUUCACAGGCAAAGAAGAGAAGCAAGAGAAAGAACACAGCAUCAUUGAUGGAGGACCGGCAUCAGAGUAUAGGCAAGGAGAAAGAGAAAAAUUAUGGCUUACUGUUGUCCCAAAGAAUGGGGCCAUGGGGUUGUCUGCUUCUCCAACCUUCUUCCUUUGUAUUCUUUGUUGUUUGAGGAUGCUGCUGGAUGUGAUGCUGAAAGAGCUUGGAUGAUGAUAGAGCUUCAUCCUGAAUGUAACACAGAGAUCUUGGCUAAUAAGCCAUAACACUUAGCUACUGCAGUAAGCUUGGGAAGACCAUAUUAAGUCAGGUCAACAUUUGUUUGUAAUGAAGAAGAUGUAUUUGCUGCUGUUUUGGUGCUGGUGAUGGAAUGGUGGUCAUUUAAUAGCUAUGGCAUCCCUUCUUGAGCUUGUUCCAUAUAAACCUUGGAGCCAGUUGAUCAUAUGAUAGAAAAUGAUGUUUCAGCUUGCAAAAUGUUUGGUAGAAAAGAAGUACCCUCAGUCACAGUCUUCAGUAACCACAUUGUCCUGGUCAGGGUCCUGGGAACAGUGGUUGUGAAUUGGGAAUACACCCUUGAUGAGAUGCCAUUUCGUUGCAGAGCAAAGAAGUAUUCACAUGAAAUUGCAAUUUGUGAUACAAAACUGUCAUUCUGAUUUAAAAUAAUGAGGAGUUAAUACAUAAAUGAUUUUAAAAAAUAAAAAAUGGAAUAAAAAUGAGGUCCAAAGCCCAUAGACUUCUUUUAACUUGAAGCACUUUACUAAUCAUAGAAUAAUAUUAUAGUAAAACAUUCAGUUUCGUAGAAGAAAUGUCGUAUGGUUUAUGGUUGCUUUGGUACCACCUGAUUUUUCAAAACAAUCCUAGUCUCCAAUAGGAAAAUAUUAUAAUUUUUAUUUUUAGAAUUAUUGAAUUUCUUAAAAUGGUUUUAUCAGUUAAAAAAUAAUGUUGCACGCAGUGUAUGUUCUCAGCCUUAUUUAGUAGAACCUCACUCAUAUUCAAUGAUUGAAACAAUUUUUUCCGAUUUCACAAGAAGCUGUGGCUAAAUCCAAAACUCUUACCUUCAUUGUUUUUUAAUUACUUAAUUUUUUAAUUUAACCUUAAAGUUUAAUUAAAUAAACUUUCUGCAAAUGAUCAUGCAUUUAAAAGAACAACUGCUAAAAUGGUGACUUGACAUCGUUUUGUAUGGUUUUCUUUGUCCUACGGAUGAUCGAUAGAGGCAUUUAAUAAUUUAAACAGGAUAGUCUGUAAAUAUAGUGUGUGCCCUCAUUCUGAGCACAUUUUUUCAAGGGAAACGAAACCAGUGUUUUUCGGACCCCACUACAGAAGAAUGUGUCUUACAUUCUGGUAAACUAGACAACUAUUUAGGCCUGAGGGAAUGGAAGAGGCUAAAUGAAGUUCUUCUUGUAUGUCACUUAUUAUUUUUGAGACUCUUUUCACUACAUACUGCAGCUGUGUAAAACUGUAAACUUUUUGCCUUUACCAGUCCUCUGCCUUGUUUCUGAGUAACUGCCAGAGAAGCUUUGAGAAUUCAGUAGCCACCAGCUUGUCAUUUAAUGAAUUUUAUGGAAAGACUGUCCAGUAUAAUGCUCUAUAUGCAUUACUGUUAUACACAUAGCUGUUAUACACAUAGUCUUCUGCACUUACACUGCACUAAUAGUUUCCAUCCCUGUUGGUUGUGUUUUUGUAGUCCUGCUGAAGGACAUUCCUUUAGUGUUAUGCAGGAUGUGAGCUUCUGACAAAAUAUUUCUUGAAACACUGACUGUAACUUAAUUUUCCAAGAUUGCACAAUACAAAACUCUGUCAGUAGGGCAAUAGGAAUACUCAGUAUUAACAAUGGUGUCACCAGCAUUUUAAGUCAUUGCAUUGAAAAUAACCCACUUGCAAUAAGCUUGUAGCGAUCAUGUUAGCUAUGUACGUUAGUGCUCAAAAUAUUAUCAACAGUAUUUCAGGAACAGUUCUGCAUUGUUAUAAUGUUUACAUGAUUUAAACUGAUGGUUUCGAUGCUACCGAUAAAAAGUUCUUACUGUAUUUGACCGAUACUAUAUAUCAUGCAAAUGAAUCAAUUUAUAGUUUGAAGUUUGUUGUUUGUGGUUGAGGUUUGUGGUUUGAAUAUGUUUCAACAAAAACAUGUUUAUGUAAUGUACAGAACCUGUAUGUAUAUCUAAUAUACUACUUUUGAAAAAGAAAAUUAGCAAACAUUACAACUGUUAAUAAAAUACACAAUAAACAUCUUUUCCUAUCUGAAUUAUUAUAAUCAAGUGAAAGUUAUGUAUAGAAAUAUACAACCAAAAUCCCUUUACAUCCUUGGGGAUUUUCCUAGCACGUGUUUGCGUAAAUAAGAAAUGAAAAGAAAAUUACAAAGACCACUUUUAGUCAGUUUUAGCACUUUUGUUUCACUCUUUGAUAAAUUAUCUGAACAUAAUCUUUGUAAUAUAAAUGUGUGUUACUCUUCAGUAGGUGCCAAAGUGCCAACUCACAGCUCCAGGGUCCCAGCUUCAGUCCUGGACCUAGCAGACCGUCUGUGAAUUGUUCUCCCUGUGCCCAAGGUGGUUUCCUUCAGCUUCUCCAGGUUCCUCCUACCUCCCAAAAAUAUCCAAAAUAUAUUUGUAUCCCGAUGACGCCACAUCCAUCUUUGGCUGGUUGCUAAGGGAGCAAAAUUGACUGGUGUUCUCUGGGUGGGAGGGAUGGCAUAUUCUCUCCCGGGAAUGCGGGGACACGUGUGCACUGUACACUGCGAUGAAUGAUACUGUACAAAUUUACUUAGUGAGAGUGGAAAAUCUUACAGAUACAAUUUGCUAAACUUAUUGAAUUUAUUAUUAUAGAAUGAAUGAAUUGUUACUGUUCAGAGCCAACCACAGAUUAAUAAACACAAUUUUUAAAAAAAUAUUAUUUUACUUUAAGUCAAAUUUAUAUGAGUAGUUAAUGACAUGAAUAGAACACAAGUAGUUAAGCAUAUUAAUAUCUGUCAUGUUGUUAUACAUUUAUUAAAAUAGCCUGGCAGAUAUGUGUAGUUUGGCAAGCUUUGGGAAGAAUGUCCUUGUGUAAUUGUGAAGUACUGUGACCUGGGGAGUGGUUAGGAAAAACUAAGGAAUGUGAGCAUGGAAAUCCCAACAC